GACGCAAGUAAAACCAGAUGGAAUCUUAUCUGCCUGCUCCUGGGUGCCUACGUGCAGGCAGCCAGCAACGGCGCUGCAUUUCCCGCGCAGCAAAUUCAAGGUCCUUCACCCGGUCAAGGUGUUACACAGAGGCUGUGGUUCCCUACAGCAUCACCUUCUCCUUUCCUUGUGUGUCUGUGGUGGCACAAAAGCAUCUGGCGCUAUUGGUGUUGCAGAGGGGUGCUCAGCACGCAUUGGAUGUGCGGAGAUGUUAGAAGCUGCCGUGUUUCACCCCUAGUGCUGCAUAUCCAUGGGGGCACGCGAAUGUUUUUUAAGACAGAAGGAGGAAAAUGUGAUGUAAAUGCUCCAGGAAGACGAUGGUCACAGCCACGUUUAAUCUCCUGGGGGCAGCUGGGUGCUUACUCAACUGGGAGGCAGUGGCUGAUGAGAGCUCUGCAUAUCCUAAAGCCUCUGGUGGGGAGCAAAGGGGACAGAGUGGGAGCUAAGACAGACUUAUUGGACCGUGGGGUACAGCUGUCAAACCUAUUUUUGAGACUUUUUGCAGGAAAAAAUGUGCACCACCACCACUCCCAUACAUCAAAACCCUGGUAGCCUGGAGCCACCACAAAAGCCACGGUGACCUCGUAGCUGCUCAGGGCAGACAGAAGGGUGAGACCUCCAGUGUCUCUCCAGUUAUCCCCUAAAUUCCUCCCCAUUUUCCUCCUUGUCUCCAUCCAGUGUCCCCUAAUGCCCUUCUGAGCAUCCUUGUGAUGUCCCCCUAUUCCUUCCCUGUCCCCAGCACGAGAUCCUCCUUGCCCUGCACAUUACCUCCUUGUCUCCUGAUCCCCCUCUCAGCACCUAUCCUUGUCCUGUCCAGUGUUAGUCCAAAGUACUUCUGUGCCCCAUCACAUCUCUCCCUGUCCCCUGCUAUUCAACCCAGUGUCCACCCUUGUCCCUACCAUAUCCCUCCUUGUCCCCUGCUGUCCAGCCCCAGUGUCCACCCCUGACUCUGUGAUGUCGCACCUUAUCCCCCGGUGUCCAGCCUCAGUAUCCAUCUCACUCCCACAGUGUCUCACCCUCUCCCCACCAUUUCCCCCUCCAUCUCUUAAUGUCCAACCCCAGCGUCCACCUCUUCCCCCAUCACAUCCCGUCUUGUCCCAACCUUGUCCCUCCCUGUCUGCCCCAUGCGUGUCACUGCAGGGCGGGGCAGAGGGGACGCGGGGACACGCAGUCCUCCCUACGGUCCGUGCCUCACCCUUAAAUGCGUGGUGCUGGCAUGCGCGGCUGCAGACGCAGCGGCAGCAGCAGCAGCAGGAGCAGCCCCACAUCCGUUGUUGCUGGCGGCUCCUAUUUUAGCUCCCUAACCUCGGUGCCCCGCUGCGGGGUGAAGCGCCAGCCAUGACGGAGAGCCUGGUCCUAUCCCCAGCCCCAGCCAAACCCAAGCGGGCGAAGGCGUCGCGGCGCUCGGCGUCGCACCCCACCUACUCGGAGAUGAUCACGGCAGCCAUCCGUGCGGAUAAGAGCCGCGGCGGUUCCUCGCGGCAAUCCAUCCAGAAGUACGUGAAGAGCCACUACAAGGUGGGCCACAACGCCGACCUGCAGAUCAAGCUCUCCAUCCGGCGUCUCCUGGCUGCUGGGGUCCUCAAGCAGACCAAAGGGGUCGGGGCCUCUGGCUCAUUCCGCUUGGCCAAGAGCGACAAGGCCAAGAGGUCCCCCAGGAAGAAGAAGAAGGCCGUCAGGAGGUCCACAUCUCCCAAGAAGGCGGCAAGGCCCAGGAAGGCCAGGUCACCGGCCAAGAAGGCCAAAGCCACCGCCAGGAAGGCCAGGAAGAAGUCGCGGGCCAGCCCCAAGAAAGCCAAGAAGCCAAAGACUUUUAAGGCCAAGUCGCGGAAGGUCUCCAAGGCCAAGAAGGUGAAGCGGUCGAAACCCAGAGCCAAGUCCGGCGCCCGGAAAUCACCCAAGAAGAAGUGAGCAGCCUGGGGGAUUUGCCCAGGCUCUCCCCUUUGGUUUCUGUAAAUAGCUUUUGCCUUUAUUUUUACUUCGUUCUAUUUGCAAGUUUUAUAAGUCCAUCUCUUCCUAACAGCUAAAAGAAGGCAACGAAUGAAAGGGAAAAAAAAACAAACAAAAAAGAAAAAA